CGUUCCAUCCGUGGCUACUGGUGGAAACGAGUCACGUGCAUGCAAAUGAGCCAGCUGUCGGGAGGAAGGAUCUGCUCAGCGGCUCUGCGGGCUGAAGAUGGCGGACGGAGAGAAGAGUCUCGGGACGGGCUUUUCAGGCGCCUCCGAAAUGGACGAGCCUGCCGCGAAAAGGUCGAAAAUCAGUCCGGGAACCAACUACGGAUUCAAAGUCGCCGACGCGGACCAGUUCUCGUGCGUCUCCGCGGACACGGGGAGCUGGGAGGCGGCGGUGAAUUGUGCGCAGCCAGCGGAGAGGGAAGCAAAGCCGGUGAUGGCGGUAGAGCAGGCCGCAGCAGCGCUAGGCGGAGACAAUGGAUUGGGGCUGCUGCCACACAAACCAGUCGUGAGGGUAGACGACAGCGCUGUGCUCGGGACGACAGAGGAGGAGGGCGCGGAUUUUCUCGACCAUGAUGAUCUCCCUUCCAACGGGCUGGCCGUCACACCGGAUCACAUCAACGAGGAAGAUGACAGAUCCUCGCAUGCAAGCUCCAGCGACUGGACUCCCCAGCCUCAAAUAGGCUCCUACAGCUUCAUCCAGCAGCACAUCAGAGAGACCGAUCCAAGGACCAUCCUGAGGGAUUUGCUGCCUGAGACCGUGCUCCCGCCGGAUUUAGACGACAUGACUCUGUGGCAGAUCAUCAUCAACAUCUCAGAACCUCCAAAAAGGAAGAAGCGGAAGGACAUAAACACCUUAGAGGACGUGGUUCGGCUACUCCAUGAAAGUAAAAGGAUUCUUGUGCUGACUGGCGCUGGGGUGUCCGUUUCUUGUGGAAUACCAGACUUUCGCUCCAGAGAUGGAAUAUAUGCACGGCUCGCUGUAGAUUUUCCUGAUCUUCCUGACCCUCAAGCUAUGUUUGACAUUGAAUAUUUCAGACGGGACCCAAGACCCUUUUUCAAGUUUGCUAAGGAGAUCUACCCUGGUCAGUUCCAGCCGUCGCCGUGUCACAAAUUUAUAUCUAUGCUGGAUAAGCAAGGGAAGCUACUGCGCAACUACACACAAAACAUUGACACAUUAGAACAAGUGGCUGGAGUUCAGAGGAUUAUCCAGUGUCACGGCUCGUUUGCAACUGCAUCCUGUCUCGUCUGUAAACACAAAGUGGAUUGUGAGGCUAUAAGGGAAGACAUUUUUAACCAGGUUGUCCCUCGUUGUCCACGGUGUCCAGAUAUUCCCCUGGCAAUCAUGAAACCCGACAUCGUCUUCUUUGGCGAGAACCUUCCAGAAAUGUUCCACAGAGCCAUGAAGCAGGAUAAAGAUGAAGUGGACCUCUUGAUUGUCAUCGGCUCCUCUCUUAAAGUCCGACCAGUUGCCCUCAUCCCAAACUCCAUUCCUCAUGAAGUGCCUCAGGUCCUGAUCAAUAGGGAGCAGCUGCCUCACCUCAACUUUGACGUGGAGCUACUUGGGGACUGCGACGUCAUUGUCAAUGAGCUCUGCCAUCGAUUGGGUGGAGACUUUGAGCAGCUCUGCUACAACACUGUAAGACUCACUGAGAUCACGGAGAAACCCCCUCGGUUACCAGAACAGCCACCAAGCGAGGCCUUGCCUGCUUCCACCGGCGACGCAGCUCAGGAGGAGCAGAAGCAGCACAGUACAGACUCAGUAACUAAGCCUUCAGAGGAGGAGACGGAAAGCCCGAAUGUCACAGAGACUGCUGGUAGUAACGUUGCACCUCCAGAGCCUUGUCCAAAUGCCCAGUGUCCUAGCGAAGAGACGGCUGAGCCUUCGGAGCUGCAGGGAGAAGACGCACCGAAAGACGAGGCGGCCGAAGUGAAGAACCAAACCUCCAAUCUUGAAUUUCGUAGACGAUGCUGGAUGAGUCGAAUCAACAGAAGUCCAAUCAGCAAACGUCUUGAGACGGGCCAGUACCUGUUCCAAGCACCAAAUCACUAUAUCUUCCAUGGGGCCGAGGUUUACUCUGACUCCGAAGACGAGACGUCGAGCUCAUGCGGCAGCGACAGCGAGGAGUCCGAAUGCAGUGGGGACGGGGUGGACGAGGAGGAGGACAGCGAGCCGGAGGAGGCCGACGAAAUGGCGGACGGAGACGAGACGCGCCUCAGAGACACGAUACAACACACUUUAGCCAACGAGGCCAUGUCGAGCAUGGAGACAGACAAUACUUCUGAAAAGACUCAAAGCACCACACACCUUUAAAUGUAAAGUACCCAGUCAACAAAGCACUAAUUGUCUUUUUAUAUAUAUAUAUAUAUAUACAUAUAUAUAUAUAUGUUUCGUAUAUUUUUGACCAUCAACCUUACUAUUAUUUUUCAUAAAGUUGAAAUUGCGUGACAA